AUGUCAUAUCAGUCGGGACAAGGAUACAACCAAGAGAGCAACCAGGAGGACAACCAAGAGUACAGUCAAGGCUAUUCCUAUGGGUACAAUCAAGAAGAUUACAGCCAAGGGUACAACCAGGAAGGCACCUAUUAUCCUCCCUUUGGUCAGGGGGGCGAUUGGACCCAAUCAGACGGGCAGUAUUCUCAAAACGCUUAUGCCAAUGCAGCUUACCUCAACACAGCAACACAAGAAGAUGGUGACGAUGAGGGGUGGCCUCGAUUGAAAGAUGGGAAGUGGAUUUUCCGCAAAGUGGACAUUGAUAUCACAGGGUUUUAUAAAGGGAAACGCGACUCUUGGAAGUGCCAGGUUGAAGAUUGCAAAAAGAAAUUCAAGACCGAGUCUGAGGUUAAGUAA